GCAGCCUCUCGGGAUCUCACCACGAUACGAAACCAUGGCGGCAGCGGCGGAGUCCGGAAGUAGCUCAGAGAGCGUGGUGGCGGGGCCGCCGCCGUCAGCGGCCAGGGGAGGAGGUGCGGGGGAGGUGAGUCAAUGGGUGGAGUACGCCGUCCAGCAAGCGUUGGAUCUCAAGAAAACCCUCGGCGACGCCACCGAUGCCGCCUUCGGGGCCGCCGAGUCCAGCCUAGUCCACGCCGUCUCCGCCUCUAAAUCAAGUCUCCAGGAAGCCAGAGGCAUGAUGGAAUGGGUUAAAGGCCAGUACACUGUUGGCGAAGAGUUGGUCUUUGGGAAGAUUAAAGAGGGCGUUAUUGUUGCAGCAUCACAUCCGAGCCUCUCUCUUGGAAUUGCUGGAACAGCAGGGCUAGUCCUGUUUAAAAGACCAAGGCGCUUUGUGAUCUGGAAUGUGAGACGUAUUUUCGUAAGUAAUGAGUCUUUGCUUUCUGAUGCUCAAGCCAAAGUAAAUGAGUUGCGGCAAUCAGUCAAUCUCGUGAAGAAUGAAAGCAAAAAAUUAGAGGAAAGGGCUUUAAAAGCAGAAGAGGAAAUGAGAGAAGGAAGGAUGAAGCUUAUGUUUGUCAUCUUCCUCUUCUUCAAACAUUUCAUUCUUCUUGUUUUUGCCUGCCACCUUUAUUUCUGGGUUCUUAUAUUAACAACUAGGACUGUUUAUUGCAGAGAAGAAGGACGUGGAAUUCGAAAUGAAUUACGUUAUGUCAACAAGAUUGAGAAAAAAGCAGCAGAUCUAAAAGAUGUGAUUAAUGAACUUCCCAUAGGAGAAGCAUCUCGGUACCGAUCAGAGGUAUCUACCCUUGUCUCUCAGGUCAAGAAAGAGAAAAAAGCUCUCAGUGGUGCCUUCUCAAAGAUUAUCAAUUAUGGAAUACCAAUGUGAUGGUCCACUUAUUUUCAUUUUUCCCCUAAACAGGUUUUGAUAUCUAGUGCGGCUUAUACUGGGGCAAACAGAUGAAGAAAUGUUUCCCUGCUACCAGGGAAAUAGUAAAAUCUCAUUUUCUUGUAAUUUUUCUGCUCAUAAUCUCGCAGAGCCAUAAAAUACUCAAUUUCUACUUGUAUUUCUUUGAUGACAGUAUGUUUAUCUACUUGAUAUGUUAUUUUUUCUUUUCUUUUUUCUUCCUGCAUAAGAAAUGAUUUCAUCAACCUGUCUGACAUUCCCAAGAACCUGGAAAGUGGUAGCCUUUUUUUUGGGGAUGUGUCUGUAACAUCCAGGACAUAAUAUAUCCAUAUAUUUAAUUUGAUAAAACAGCAUUAAAAGCUGAUUUUAAUC